GGUUGAUGUUGGGACGUGCUGACUGUUCUGAGUGAAUGUGGGUUCAUUUCCUCCCUGUGUUUCAGGGAAUGGCUUCACACGGACGAGGCCGCUCCGCUGGUGGUUCCGCCCCGCACGGAGAGGAGCGUCGAGGGACGACGUCGUCGCCGGCAAGGGAAACGAGUCGGGGAGUUGGAGGUGGGGAGGAAGAACGACGUGCUCAAAACUUGUGGUGCGACUGCAGCAAACGCGUCUGGUAUUUGGACUGGGCGAGCCAGGACGGCUCCGACCCGUUGCAACCACCGUGCGGGCCGCUCUUGUUCGUCGCCGUUCACGCCGACAGAACGCGUCUCGCAGGGUCCAUCGUCCAGUGGGUCGACGAUGGCGAAUACAAUUUCAAGUUUACUUUGAGGAAGCAUUACAAAAGUGAUGGUUUUGUCGACGGCAUCGCAAAGGGAUGCAAGGUUGCCGGGAGGAUGUUCGGCGGGUACGGCCGUCGUGCGAUGUCUUUGCCUCACUUUCUCCCGCUAGCGCCGAGGCACGACGAGGCCGUUCACAUCACAGACUUCCUCGAGGUCUGGGCGAAAUCUGGUACCUGUGUUAGUGCCCUGGACGUCGGACCUGGAACAUCGAUCAGUGGUCCUGUUGGGUUCGCGGGAGGAGAGUGCUCAGAAAGGGAGAUGAGAAGUCAGGGUGGCCUGCCAGCUACGCCUCCUGAUCAAGAGGUGGGCAUGUCAGACGACUCGGAGGACGACCAUCCGCGUGCUCCUUUGAAACCGGGCUUGCAUGUAUCUCGCCGCCAUGGUUUGCUUGGAGAGUCGACGCCACAUGGAGGAGGCGAUGGCGAACGGUUGCGACAGGGCUUAGAAUCGACGACUCCUCGUGGUCUGCUGGAAAGGAUCGGUUCGUUCGUUCGUGGCAUGCAGGUGGCCGAGGUUUCGCCUGGAGAUCGAGCGGGUGGUCUGCAGGUUCGAGAGGACGAGGUGCGAAAGUGGGUGCGGUUCAUGGCGUUGGCAAUGAAGAAGACGCCGUACACGCCUAUCUGGAACCUGUUAACGGAAGCAAAGAAAAGAAAGGAAUGGGCUGAGAAACUUCGAUACUACCUCCCGCUGGCCAUGGCAGAUGACUCCGUCUUCGCUUUGGGGUUGAAGUUCUAUGAGGAGUGGUCGAAAGGGAAACUCCUUGCUUCCGAUGGCCGGUGUUGGACUGAAAAGCCGCGCACCCAUGAGGAGGUGGCCAAGCCAGGACUCUCCACUGUGACUGACAGCCAGGGGCUGAAGAAACACGUCUGGUACGUGAAGGUGGACGACCCGUCGUUGAAAAAGGGCAGGGGGAAGCCAAAGAAAGGCGUGGAGGAGAAAACUUUCUACGUCCAAGUUCCAGAGUCGGAUGUCCAUUGCUGGAAGGAAUUGGUGGACUUGACGGACCGCGAGAAAAAAAGGUUGUUGAACGGCAUCUUGAACCUUAAAGUCGUGUGGGUUCAAACGAGUAGCAAAACGUUGGCCGAGCAGGGGAAGUUCAGUGUCAAGGAGAUGGUCGACAUAAUAAAAAUGGACCGGAUUAUGCUGAGGCUGUGGCACCACGUGGAGUUCGAGUACGAGGAAAUGGAUAAGCGGGAGUGGAAUGCCAACUCCACGUUCUUCAGAUCCAAGAAGCAACUAUUCGAAGAGUUCAAGGACAGAGGUCUCGACGACAAGCUUUGGAACGAAAGCAGGAAAUUUUUCACGGACACCACAUACGUCAACAAGUGCCCUCAGUUUCUCGGGUGUCAACACGACAACAACAUCAAGAGAACGGCGGCCCUCGUCAACGACCAGCAUUUCCCGGCGGAGUGGAAGCGUGUCGUCCUUUCGGUGAUCACUGGAGAUCACGCCAAAGGCAAAAAAAGCCCUCGGGGCGUUGAUGAAUGCAUCAACAUUAUGUGGACAAGGACAAGCACCUUGACGACGCUGGCCCAGUUUAACAUCGACCCAUUGAGUGUCAGAGAUCAUAAGGAGGCGCUGGGAAAACUAGGGCAUCAACUACGCUCCCACACUUGCGUGCUCGACUUGUGCGGUGCUGUGGACCGUGCGCAAUGGGAUUCUGGGGCAUUCGCGUCUCUGAGUGAGUUGCUCGGCGUCGUUUGUCAGGACUACUGGACAUUGGUGGUAUUCGUCCCCUGCCUGUGGAACCUCUCCUUCAUGACAUGUUUGUCUGCGCUUGGGGCAGCCCGAUCCUACACGGGGAAGUGGGUUCGGAAGACGGCAUCGAAGAAGACGCAUCAGUUCGGAAACAGCGUCUGGGAGGAGCCGGAUGUGAUGCACAUCCUUUUCAAAGGCGAGGAUCCUUGGCUACUGACUCACCCGGUGUACGAGCGAGCUGUUGCUGAAGACGACGACGCCGGUCUUCGGAGGAAACAGAAAGUGACACCCACGGAUGUGGAGGAGAAGUCUUUAAAGUCUUUGACUUUCGCGGACAUCGGAAACCUAACCCAGAGGGGGGCUCUGUACAAGGACGGCGAGCGGAAUCCGAAUUAGUUGUGCAAUCAGCUUCUUUUCUUCUGUGGUGUGGCGGAUGCCAUGCUGUUUUUGGGCAAGCCGCAUGCG